UCAAGUUCGAGAGCAGCCUGCCGUGGGAGGUGCUCGGCGGGAUUCCGAUGAGCAUGUGGACGGCGUACGCGAGCUUGUUUGAGAGCGCAGAGACGAAGCCUGGGGCGGUGGUCGUCGUGCAUGGUGGGACGAGUUCGGUCGGGAUAUGGGCGAUUUUGUUGGCGAAGGAUAGGGGGUGCACGGUCAUUGCAACGACAAGACAGCCGGGCAAGUUGGACAGGUUGAGAGCGGCAGGAGCAGACCAUGCAUUGCUGGACGACGAGUCACUCGUGUCGAAGGUCCGGUCGCUCUACCCAAAGGGUGUGAAUACGGUGUUCGAGCUCGUCGGCCCCGACAAACUGGAGAAGGUCGCGUUCCCGAUGCUCGCGAGGCACGGGGCGUGUGUGGUCUCCGGUAUAUUGACCAAAGUCUGGGCGCUGCAUGACUUCACGCCAGCGAUGAUACCACCUACCAGAAAACUAUGUUUCUUCACCUGCUUGACGGGAGAAGACAUUGAGGGCGCGGAAGAGGUGUUGCAGGACGUCAUCAACAAAGUCGAGAGCGGAGUCUUCAAAAAGGAAGUGUACCUGGACAAGGUUUUCAAGCUGGAAGAUAUUGGAAAGGCGCACGAGUACAUGGAAGAGAACAAGGCAGUUGGAAAGGUCGUCGUUACUAUUGAUCAGCAAGAUCAUAGCACGGACAAGCUGUAAGAUUAUAGUCGUAGUGUACGGCUGUCUUUCACGUGUGUAGAUACCCCCGGCAGCCCGAGGCUUCUGUAUUGGUUCCACUCGUAUUGUUUCAGCCAGUAUAAAGCUGCAACUACCAGACACUCCGAGCAUGCCACAAGGUGCAAUGAUGAAGCCCAGAAAGU